AUGGAGCUCCCCCUGGCCCAGAUAAGCCCCCAAGGUCCCCUCAGCCCUGAGAACAAAGGAAGUCACAACACCCCCCCUCCGACCUUCACCACCUUCCAGCCCUUGGACUUCACUCAAAAAAGCUGCCAGGGCUUGCCUAAGGAGACCAGACUCCAGGCCCUGCAGGCUGGAGAGGCCCCGUUCAGCCCCAGAGCCCCAGAUGUCCACGCUGCGGUGAGUAGGAACCUGGGGUGCAGCUCCUUCAUCUGCUCCCAAGCCUCCCAGGGGAGAGGGCCCACGAAUCAUGGCGACCUUCCCUCCUUGAACCCUAACCAGGCCUCUCCCCAGGCCCCGGGGGCUGCCUCCAGUCAAGAGGACACUGGGAAAGCUGAGGAGGUGCCUGCGGAAGGGGGCCAGGCCCUGCAGGCCGAGACCCGGGCUUGGUUCCAGAGGACCCAGGCCCGUGGGCUCCUGCAGCGCGGGGCAGCCCCUCCUUGGUUCCACGGCUUCAUCACUCGGAGCCCACAACCAGCCCACAACCAGCUGCCCUUCCAGGAUGGGGCCCGGAGGACGCAGGGCUGGGAGUCGUCCUGGGUGGGACCUCUGGGUCCCGUCCACGCCCAGGCCCUGCGGCGGAAAAGCGAGCUACCUCCCCGCCCCCCGGUCUCCUUGCCAUCCUUGUGCCCUCGUCCUCCCCCAGGGAACCCAGGGCAGGCCGAAUUUCUGUGCCCCUCGCCCCAUCCUCCACCUGGACUGGUUUAUUUUGUCCUCCUGGAUCACCUGCCCGUCCCACCCACUGUCCCUGCUCAACCAAGUCCCUCAAGCCUCCUUUCCCUGCAGACUCCUGAGCCAGCAGGACUUUCCCUAAGGACUGAAGAAGCAGACGCUGCAAGCAAAAGCCAGGACCCACACUCCCAGUAUAGCCCAGUCCUCAAAAAGGAGAAGCCCAGAGCCCUCACGCAGAAAGAGGGGGGCAGCGAGCCAAAGGAGCCCUCCCAGCCGCCUAGACCCAAGCCUCCCGUCCCCGCCAAACCUCUGCUAUCCUCCGAAGCCUACACAAGCCCAGCGCCAAGACUCUGCCGGACCCUGCCCGCCAAGCCCUCCAACCCCAUCUACCACGAGCCGGACGAACCCAUAGCCUUCUAUGCGAUGGGCCGGGGCAGCCCUGGGGAAGCCCCCAGCAACAUUUAUGCCGAGGUGGAGGUGGAGAUGGAGGUGCCGUCAGGGGGUGAGGGCCCAUCGUGCAUCCUCUGGCACCCGGUCCUCCGGAAGUGCCGGUCCAGGCCUCUCCCAGGAAGACAGAAUCCAGGUGGCCAGCAACUGCAUUCCGAGAACUCUGUGGCUGGACAAGGACCUCCCGUGCCCCGCCAGCCCCCGCCUCUCUGGGGACACAGCCUCCCUAACAACCUAGACAGGAGUUCCCGGACAGAGGAAAGACGUGGCCCUCCCUAGGGCCUCCGCGGGAGCCAGUGUCUGAGCGGAGGGAGGCUAACCUGGAACAGCAGGUCCAGAGAACUUCACACACACCCAGGUGCCCUCCUAAGGAAAUGAAUGGAACAAGGCGAUCGAUCCAAGCGGAAAAGGACCUCAGCUGUCACCUAUUGCAAAGACGGCAAAAAUGUGUCACCUUGUAUCCCAACUCCAGUCCAUUGGUCCUUGCUGCCUAAGGCUCUAAGGCGCUGCCUUGGAAAGGAUGUUAAGGUCAUAUCUGAACUCAGCAGAAAAGAGCGCCGUGAUUGAUUAGUGAUGUCUGCUAUGGGUGAGGGAAGGAAGAAGAGCAGCAUUUUUUUUUUUUUUUUUUGCCCUUAUUGAUCAAGUCCAACUCCCUUGCUGUGCAGAUAAGGAAACAAAGCCAGUGGGAUGACUUGGCUGAGGUCAAGGACUAGGACCCAGGCCUCCUAAGCCCCUCGUGUAGUGCUAUGUUCCUGACCCCACUGUCUUCACAGGAAAUGUCAGAAAAUUUCCUAAGAUAGGAAGUCUGGUGGCUUUCCUGGGUUCCACCGCACUGGGUCCCGGGUGCUGGUCCCCUUCCUCCAGAUCCCAGCGUAGCCCUGUUAUCCUGACAGGUCUGGGCCUCCCACAAAGAAGCCCGGAGGCCAGAGGAGCAAAUGUGGAACCCACUUCCUUUUAGGGACACACUCACCGGCUCCCUCCCAGAGUCCUCAGUGUUUGGUGCUCCUCUGAGGAUGUGGGCGGGGAGGGCCUGCUGCCUCCCACUGCCCCGGCCUCUCCGCACAGAGUCUGAUUUCCUUGGUCCUCUGAGCCUUUGGGUCUGGGCCCUGCUCCAAUGCUGCUGCUGUCUGGGGGUUGGUUUGGCGAGAACAGAUGUUAGAACUUGUUUGUUGAUUCUUGUCUGGCUAAUAAAUCAUCACCAACC